GUUGGGUUUUCCUGGCUUGACAGCUGUCACUGUACACCGAGGUCAAGGGGAAAGAAGCAUGGCUGCCUUGUUUAGAGGGUCGCGAAAUGUAUUGUUACGGUGGAACAAGCACCUUGCUUUCGUGUCAACACGAUCAAUGGCCUCAAAAACACCAGUGGGGUUUGUUGGUCUGGGAAACAUGGGCAGCCCCAUGGCCAAAAACCUGUUAAAAAACGGUUAUCCUGUUAUUGCCACUGAUGUCUUCCCUGAGUCUUGCAAGGAGCUGCAGGACAUCGGUGCCCAGGUAGUAGAUACUCCCGGAGAGGUGGCAGAGAAAGCAGACAGGAUCCUCACAAUGCUACCCUCCAGUCCCAAUGUCAUUGAAGUCUACACAGGCCCAAAUGGCAUCCUCAAGAAGGUGAAGAAGGGAACACUGUUGAUUGACUCCUCCACCAUCGACCCUGCCGUGUCAAGAGAGAUGGCAGCCGCUGCAGAGAAGAUGGGUGCAGUGUUCAUGGAUGCUCCAGUGUCAGGGGGUGUCGGGGCUGCCAGCUUGGCCAAACUGACCUUCAUGGUUGGUGGAGUGGAGGAGGAAUACAACGCUGCGCAGGAGCUGCUCACCUGCAUGGGAGCGAAUGUUGUCUACUGUGGACCGGUUGGCACUGGACAGGCGGCGAAGAUCUGCAAUAACAUGCUCCUGGCCAUCGGGAUGAUUGGGACUGCAGAGACCAUGAACCUGGGCAUCAGACUGGGUUUGGACCCCAAGCUGCUGGCAAAGAUCCUCAACAUGUCCUCAGGUCGUUGCUGGUCCAGCGACACGUAUAAUCCAGCCCCCGGCGUCAUGGAGGGAGUCCCCUCAGCCAACAACUACCAGGGCGGCUUUGGAACCACACUCAUGGCCAAGGAUCUUGGUUUGGCUCAAAACACUGCGACCAACACUAAGACACCCAUCCCUCUGGGUUCCCUCGCCCACCAGAUCUUCAGAGUCAUGUGCUCCCGCGGCUACGCUAACAAGGACUUCUCAUCCGUCUUCCAAUUCCUACGCGAGGAGGAAGGACAGUGAAUGGAGGGGUAGCACAGUUGACUGUGAAGUUACCAUACAUAAACACACGCACACACACACACACACACACACACACACACAUACCCACACCCCAGUCCCCCUUAUCCUACUAUGCUCAGGAGAGACUAAGGCCACAGAUGUGCGGUCCAAUUAACAUAUUGUAUGUCAGCACGUGUUCCCUCAUAGCCUCAGCUGAAUCAUAUUUUCAAUUCAUGUCCGUCUGCAUAGGGGAAAUGCUAAAACUGACUUUAGAUCAGUUUCAAGAGACAAAGCAACUCUGGAGUCUGGAAUGAGAGGCCAGAGUGGAAAAUGAGAGGUAGGAAGAGGCACUGUUGGUGUAUAUGUACCAAUGCAAACAAUAUGUGAUUUUCCAAGAUGAUUGAUAAGUAAUAACUGCAUGAUGGUUGAAAGUUUAAGUAUGCGUUUGUCGGGGUUUGUGCUUAUUGCCUGUUACCCAAAUGACUCUGACCUGUCCCGGUUCAAUGAAAGGUCAGAAAAGAAAACACAAGCUACAGAGAGGAUUCACAUAGCAGUGAGAACAUUAAAGAGAGUUUAGGUUACAUUUUUCUGCUGGAGAAAGUCGUUGCAGCGGCACCGUGGGCUCAAAGUUCACGUGUUUUGUCUGUUUUAGGGAAUUCGGUCGGUCCUUCGGUCGGUCGGUCCUUCGGUCGGUCCUUCGGUCGGUCAGUCCUUCGGUCGGUCCUUCGGUCGGUCGGUCGGUCGGUCGGUCCUUCGGUCGAUCGCGUCCCCUUCAGACGUUGCCAGAAUACAUACUUUCAUUCACUCACUGGAUCGACCACUUGAGCUAAUUUGAAUACUGUGAAUUAUAGAUCUGGUUAUUUUUGCACUGUGUGCAUCGCAGCGCGAUGUGCCGGGCCAUUUUUAACAAUAACAGAAUCUCUUUGAACUUACCUGUCCUCUCUGAUAUCCACAUCUGUUUAUCGAGCCACUGGAGUAUUAUUUUGUGACCAACACUGUUUGAAUUUUAUACUGUUCACUACAAAUCGUCGUUCUGCUCCUCAAGCACUUUCUGUUACCUGUUUUGACUUAAACUUAAGUCCCUCCUCACAUAUUUCUCCUGUCUCGAUGUCUGCAUCUAUCAACUUGUACGACAUGUGUGUAAGCAAGGUGUGUUUCCUCCCGGCUCUGAUCAAAUGUACAUAAUGUAUAUUACAUAUUGAUGCAAAGUGUUGAAGAGAAAUCUAACUAGACUGUCACUUUUUGUAGAAAAAUGCAUUACUCGUGUCUACAGUUUGUCUUUGCUCUGUGAAACAGAUCCUCAGUCACACUGUAGCCUGAAAAUAAAAGAUGUUCCGUGUA